GUGGAGCCGUCAUUUGCGCCUGCUAGCUGCUGUUCUGGAACCAACCCAAAGGGCGCCAAAGGCGGGGCCCGCCCCCUGGCCCGCGGCCCCAGGCCCCUGAAUGCUCCAUGCCCAGCACGUCCUCUCCAGUCGAGCGAGAUUGACGGGAGGAAACGAAAUCUCACGGCCCAGCAACAAAACCAGAUGAGCUCCCGUGAGACUAUCGCCGACUAUUUUCCCGUUCUCAUCAGAUACCCAGCUAAAGCUGUCUUGUUUUCUACACUACCUCGCCGCGCUUAUUUAUCCUAAGUUUCGUUCGGUUUAAUUCGUGUCGACAAACUAGCGCACGCUAUUGUCCUCUCCCGUCGACUACAUAUCGAGCAUGCGCAUUGGCUGAAUCCCUGCCUCGACGACAAACCCAUUGCUAGUUAAUCGCCUCCGGUUGAGCGAUGACGGCCCCGACUCCGGAAAUGCCGGUCGACCGCAAAAACCAAGCCAUCGCACCCGAACUCGAACCGCUCACGGAAGACUUUGAGAAUGGAUACCACUUCCCGCCCAAGUACCCCUUCAAGACGCAAUGCGCACACGCGUGGUCGAUCUCGGUGGCGUUCGUGACGACAUGGAAGGGUUUCUUCAUCACUCUCUACUGCCUCAACGUCGUCGCGUGGGGUGGCAUGCUGUUCCUCCUCCUCUGCAAUGCCAGCCCCGCCAUGUGCGAUCCCGACUGCGAGAACAAGGACACCUCGCCCCGCCAAAUAUGGCUCGAGAUCGAUUCGCAGAUCCUCAACGCCCUCUUCUGUCUGCUCGCAUGGGGCCUGGCCCCCUGGCGCUUCCGCGACCUGUACUACCUCCUCAAGUACCGCUGCAGCGGCGACUUUGACGGCCUGCGACACCUCGCCGGAAUCCACAGCGACUGGUUCCGCCUGCCCGAGUCCCAGAAUCUCCCAACCGACGUCGGGGUUGGCAACAUCCCCGAGGGCACCCCUGCGGCCGCCGUCCCGAUCCCCGAGACCAAAAUGGCCCCUGCCCCGCUCACGGGGGUGCGGGCGCCGGCGACCCCCCUGUGGAAGCUGGACACAGUCGUCUGGCUCUUCAUCUCCAACACAUUCCUCCAAGUCGGCCUCGCCUCCAUCAUGUGGGCCAUGAACAAGUACAACCGCCCCUCGGCCGCGACGGCCCUGCUGGUGGUGCUGGGAUGUCUUACCGGCAUGGUUGGCGGGCAGAUCAUGGGCUCUGAGGGCAGCUCCGUCAAGGCGAUCGAGGGUGUCGCACUCUCGGACGAGGACAGGGAGAAGCUAAGGACCGACAAGGAGGCUGGCAUCCUGCAUUACAACAACAAGAAGGACAAGGCGCCCAAGGAGAAGAAGAAGCCGUGCGACAGUUCGGAGAAGAUACCGCCCGUCUAAGUGUGGCAGGGGAAAGGAGACGGCAGACGGACGACGCUGCUCCCCAUCAGCCAGGGGCCCGGGCAUAUAAUACCACUUUGCCAUUCUUUAGUAAAUAUUGUUGGGUUCGCGGGGGCUGCGCAAAUCAUGUGCACCGCUGUAUAUGAUGGCCCGUUAAUCUUUUUCAUGCUGGGUACUUUUGGAGGUUGGAACGGGAGCCGUCGCAUGAACAUGUCGCGACUGGUGUUCGGCUUUGGGAGCCAUGGGAAGCAAAAUAUCAUUUGGGCGAGCAUCCUUGCCAUUAUUCUUUGAGCACACGCAUGGCGUUUUUGUUGGCUGGGAGCAAGCAGUAGAGCACAUUCAAUUUGACGUGACCUUUGGCUUUGAAGCAUAAACAGACGCACUCGGUUGAGAUAUUGACGUAGGCACUUUACGACUGUGAUUCUAUCGAUGGGUGUGGAUGUGGUAUCGUGAACCUCGAU